AUGCCGCCUUAGCCACAUAAACUCCGCUUCCUUGGUACCAUAAAAGGCAAUACGACCGUAUGGAAAUUUUUUAGAAACAUUUCCUGUCUUCACCUGGUUUCACCAAAAGAAUAUAUAGACAAGCAAUAGAGACCAUGAAUAGAGCUCAAGAUCCCGGAAACGUUCUUAUUCAUAAGCAGUUUGAAGAGGCUUGCUUAGAUUUUCAGGUACCUGCUACUAGAGCAGCUGGUGAACAAGUAUUGACUGAAUUUCGUCAAAUAACAAAAGUUUUGCCUGUUUGCCAAUAUAUUUUAGAGCAUGCUAGCAAUCCUAUGGUGCAAUUUCAAGUCGCUUUAGCUAUUGGUGAUGUUGCUGUCAGAGAUUACACUCAAUAUGAAAAAAGCGACUUGCUCAAUUUAAAGAAUUAUUUAAUUGAUUUCUGUUUGAAAAGAGAGGAACUUAUGAAAUAUGUUCGGGAUCAGCUUGUGUUAGCUGUUGCUCUCAUUACAAAGCGUAGCUUAUUUGAUGUUACAGAUCAAGAUAGACAGAAUAUUUUAGCACAAGUGAAACAACUCAUUCAAAUGGACAAUGAUAAUGCCCAAGUAUUUGGAUUGGCCCUUUCCAACGCGCUCAUAGAUCAAUUUUCCAAUACAAAAUCCACAACGAUCGGUUUGACGUGGGAACAUCAUCACAACUGCAAACUUUUUUUCGAAUCCAAUAUUUUACUUGGCUUAUUUGAAGAACUCAUGACAAAACUUCAUCGUUUUGUGUCUCAAGUUCAACAUUUACCCGAUAACGUGCCAGCUACUUUUACAGAAAUGAUCAUCAUGCUAGAGAAAAUCCUUCAUUGGGAAUUUGAAUCCACCAACACCACACCUAAUCUCCCAGGCACAUUUGCUAGAAAUGCAGCUGAUACCUUGGAUGAUGAAUUUGAUAGAGAAGAUGGACCGAGUGGCAGCAGCGCCGUACGUAAAACUUAUACCCUAUUUCCCAAAGCCUGGCAGGCUGCCCUUGGUAACCCGGAUGUGUUAUGGCUUAUCUUUAUGACUUACAGCUUAGCACAAGAUGAUGAUGUUCUGAGUCAUCGCUGUCGACAAUGCUUAAUCCAGCUAGCCGGCUUGCAAUGCAAUUUCUUUGACAACGAUACGGCUAUGAUUCAAUCUUACGCAGCAACAAUGAUUCACGGAUUAAGAAAAAUGAUGAGCGAUAUCACAACCUUCGGUACCAGCCCUGAUGCUCUGAGUGAACAAGGCCCGCAAAUGUUGGGUUGUAUUCAGAUGAUUCGUCGAUUAUUAGAAAAUGUACCCAUAGUUAUUUUGUGUGCGAUACCAGACUUUUUCCAAUUUUUGAAUGAAGUGGGUAUGAUUACGGUAGGCUGUUUAGGAGGCACAGUCAUUGAUGUAGAUGAAGGAUGGAUUAGUGAGUCCUGUGACGAAAGUUUACAGACUUGGGUAAAGUUGGCUGAUAUUGUUCGACCUACUGAUUUACGAGAAGCCGAUCCGAAAGCAGGAUUACCUCAGGAACAAAUACAGCACCUUACUGAUUAUAUGACGACGGUAGCUUUUCAAAUUGUCGAGUCGUACAUUAAUACACGUUUAGAACGCGCCAAGAUGGUAUUAGAAGACGAAGAAGAGGAAGAUGAAAUCGAUGCAGCCUUGAAGGACUGGGAUACAUUCGCUGAUCAAUUGACUUGUAUCGGUACUUUGGGUCGGUUCAAUCCUCAACCUUGCCUGUUAAAAUUACACCAGUUACUUUCUGAACGUUUCGAGACAUUCAAAGGGUUCUUUAAUAAUGGCAAUAACCCAGCAACUACCAAUUUGAUUCUUCUACAUGAGCAGUUACAUUGGAUCAUCUUGAUUUCAGCUCAUAUUCUAGCUGAUAGCGGCAAAGGAGAGCAACCCAUGAUUCCUGAUGCAUUAAUGCAACUUUCCGGCUCAGUACCUUUAGAUCAAGAUCCGAUUGUUAGUUUAUCUAACCUAUUUUUGGAAUUGUUCCGCUUCAGUUCCAGUUUCAGCUCUUCUACAGUAGAGGCGUCUAACUGCAGUCCACGCGUAGCAGAGACAUUGAUUUGGUACAUAGAACGUUGGAGUAAAUCUUAUCUGUUGAUGGACGAAAAUGAAUAUGGUUAUACGAGCCCUAAUAUUGCCAAGGCAUUUGGUCGCCCAGGACCGUCAGAUGGCCAAGGCUUACAUGUCAUAGAUUUUUUUAUUGAGCAAAUGAAACUUAAUUUUAUCCUAUGGAAUGCAGAUCCUGAUGUUCUUCAACAACUCGUACAAUGGCUGCAUUCUUGUGGUACGACGAAUAACUUGAAGCAAGGCUUAUUGCGCUCAGCUCAUUAUCAAGAUUUGGUACAAUUUGUCACGCAUAAUCUGGAACAAUUACCAGAAGCCGUUCACAGUUCAUUAGUUCAAACUAUCGCUACUAUCUCCAGUUAUGCGGUUGAUGAAACCACGCGUACCAACUACUUUGGACUUAUGUUCAAAAUGAUUGAAGACCGUAUCAGUUCAGUUUUGCACCGUCCUGAUUUUCAACAAGUUUAUCAACGCGGAGAAAUCAUCAAUAACGUCAUUAACGCCUUAGAAAUGUUUGACGGUUUAGCUUUGGCAUGUCAAUAUAGUAAUACUCAAACUAUUUUUGGCUUCUCCGCGCGUUUUUUUGAUAGCUUUAUCCAACUUAUGUCACUUUAUAAAUCUGUACCUGAAGUCCAAAUUGUGAUUUUACAACUCUUUGCUGAUCUCAGCAGCCGACUGGAUUUAGGUGUAUUGAAUGAAGGAGGACAAAAGCAGGUACUUUUUCGUACUAUUAUGGAGUUGCUUAAAAUCUUUGGUGAAUGCAAUCAGGGUAAAAAGAGACUGCAUUCUCAAGAAGAAGAAGAAGACCGUCCUUAUGCGGAUAUUUUCACUGUCUUGGUGAUGUUAUCGAAUUUGCUCGCUUCUGGACAUGAAGAUUUGAGUAAAAGUAACUCGUCAGUAGUAAUAGACGACGGAGUGGCAGAAGUUGUUUUAUACGGUAUCAAUAUUGUUAUCCCUAUGAUCAACAUGGAAAUGCUUAAACUACCCAAUCUGUGUCAGCAAUAUAUUCAACUUAUUUCCUAUCUUGUCGAAAUGUGCCCUGAUAAAUUACUAUCCAACGUUUUACCGCCUGCAUUAUUCAAUAAUAUUAUGGCUAGUUUAGAGUACGGUAUAGGUCAUGAUAUUUCAGAUAUCAAUAUACUUACUUUACACGCCAUCGCACCUUUGACGUUAUAUUGUAUUCAGCACCAACAAUCCACCCAGUCUCUGCUGAAACAACAUUUAGAAAAGCUUUUGCAGCAAUUACUAAACUUGUUACUAUUUCAGCAUUUGGAUACGAACAUUAUAGAUGCUGCCUCGGAAGCAUUAUUAGGCCUGAUAUGCGUGCAAAAGGAUAUUUACAUGGUGCUUGCAAACCAAAUUAUGUCACAGCAGUCAAAUGAGAUACAAUCCAGACUAUUAUUGGCUUUUCAGAAAUUAGAUCAAGCAACACCGCAACCUAAUGUACAGUUGAUGACAGCCAAUAAGCAACCAUUCAAAGAAGCUUUAUUAGCCUUUUUGAUGGAUGUUCGUGCUGUAUUAAGAGUUAAAUAGAUUCAAUAAAAGAGUUUUUUUGUUCCUUGUUUUUGUUUGCCCGCGUGAUCUAGAUUUUAACGAACG